UACAGGCAGGAGUUUAAGGAACCACUUCUGGACGCCAACUCAGCCGGGACGACCGCAGCUCAGCAGAAGGACACACCGGCCAGAGGGAGACUCAGCGUCGGAGGACCCAGCGGAAAAAAGAUUCACCCAUCCCACAUCUCGGCCGCCCAGUACAUCACAGAGUCUCACCUCCAAGGCCCUGCCUCCUGUCUGAUAGCUGUGUGUGUGUGUUUGUGUGCAUGUUGUACGUGUGUUCAUGUCCUUGUUCUCCUGCCAAUUAGUGCAUUAGUAUGCAGGGUGUUUGUGUGUCAAACUUGUGGGUGUGCAUAUGUGUGUCUGUGCUCCUCCACGUUGCUAUUUCACAGCCCUCGACAGAAAGUGACACCUACACGGAAUGCACAGAUGGGUAUCACUGGGACCCUCAGACCGAGCACUGCAAAGACAUAAACGAAUGUGAGACCAUUCUGGAUGCCUGCAAAGGGGAGAUGAAGUGCUUCAACCACUACGGAGGGUACCUGUGCCUUCCCCGCUCUGCGUCAGUCAUCCCGGCUCCAGAGCCCCCCAUCACGCCCACCGAGCCCUUUAACCCCUGCCCUCUGGGCUACGAGCCACAGGGAGACAGCUGUGUGGAUAUCGAUGAGUGUGAGCGGGAUGAAGAUGACUGUCAGCCCAGCCAGCAGUGCAUCAACACCCUGGGUGCCUUCACCUGCCAGUGUCCGGACGGUUACCGCAAGGUUGGCACAGAGUGUAUCGACAUCGACGAGUGCAGGUACAGGUACUGCCAACAUCGCUGCGUCAACGUCCCCGGGUCCUUUUCUUGUCAAUGUGAACCUGGUUUCCAGCUGGCAGGAAACAACCGCUCUUGUAUUGAUGUGAAUGAAUGUGACAUGGGUGCCCCCUGCUCUCAGAGGUGUUACAACACAUAUGGCACCUUCCUCUGUCGCUGUGACCAGGGCUACGAGCUGGGGCCUGAUGGCUUCGCUUGUAAUGACAUUGACGAGUGCAGCUACUCCAGUUACCUGUGCCAGCACCAGUGUGUCAAUGAACCAGGGAAGUUCUCCUGCGUGUGCCCUGAGGGAUACCAGCUGCUGGGGACCAGACUAUGUCAGGAUAUAAACGAGUGUGAAACAGGUGAACACCAGUGUACCGAGUCACAGACGUGUGUGAACAUCCACGGGCGAUACCAGUGCGUGGACAGCAACCGAUGCCUAGAGCCGUAUAUCCAGGUGUCUGAGAACCGCUGCGUGUGUCCCGUCAGCAAGCCCGCCUGCCGAGAGCUUCCUUUCUCCAUCGUCCACCGCUACAUGACCAUCACCUCGGAGCGCUCCGUCCCCUCCGACAUCUUCCAGAUUCAAGCCACCAGCGUCUCUCCAGGGGCUUACAACACCUUCCGCAUCCGCUCCGGGGACGAGAACGGAGACUUUUACAUCAGGCAAAUCAAUAAUAUCAGCGCCAUGCUGGUGCUGGCCCGCGCUGUGUCCGGGCCCAGAGAGUACACGUUGGACCUGGAGAUGGUGUCCGUCAACCCUCUGCUCAGCUACCACGGCAGUUCCGCCCUCAGACUCUCCAUCUACGUUGGGCCUUACACCUUUUAAAGAGGAGGAGGAAGCGGAGGAAGAAGACGACUGGAGGGGACACAGAGAAGAGAUGGAGAGAAAGAGCUGAGGAGAAGCACAGAUGCAAAAGAAGCUGUAAAAAGAAGUGGUCGAUGCAGUUCAACCAGUCACUGUGAUGUCACACUUGUAGCUUUUUGUACUUGUACAAAGAAAGCCACACAUUUGUGUCAGUCCACCUUAUUACGUGUAAGAAUAUACAUGCAGUGCAGUAUACAGUAUACAGUAUUCAUGUAGCAGUAAUGUAUGAAAUACAGAGCAGCCUCAAAAUGAUAAGUCCAGUCCAAUUGUUCCCUCCGGUUUUUCAGUUUCCCUGGAUUUCCCUUUUCAUGUUAUUUUUCACUGCUCACUCGUCUGACAGCAUCAUUCUGACGUCCGAGUGUAAAAAGGGGAUUUAUUUUCUUCACACCUGCUCAGCGUGAUAACAAAUCUGUGCCGUGCUGCUGUCAGGUGGAGUGAUUCACUCCGGGCGUCACCACAUUAAUCCGUCUCGUCCGGUUUACAUCCUUAUCUUUGGUUCCACUCUGUCACUUCAUUCCCGUUUUCCUUUUCACAGACGCGAUUCAGUAACCACUCAUAUCAGACCUCAGCAUCCAGGCUCCUCCUUCACCCUCCACUGUUCAUCCUCUACCAUCGAGCUCUCCCUUAACUGCCGUUUGUCGGAUUGCCACGUGUUGUACUUUGUAUUUUCUUUGUCUAAGAUUUGAACCCAAAUAAAACAAUGUACCUUAA